AUGACUAUUCAAAUGAAGACCUCUAAACGACUCUUAUUACCACUGUCUACACUGACACCAGCGACUACAAUUUCCGAAGUAGCAUUUUUCGCCUACAUGUCACAACCCUUGAAAAACCCAAGUGGACAACAUAUUUUAAAAUUUGAUGUUUUAAAGCUUAAUGUUGGAAACGCCUACCAUCUACACACUGGAGUUUUUAAUCCACCAACUUCGGGUAUUUACGUCAUGGCUUGGAGUUUACGGACAAGAAUAACCGAAAGACAUUCCACUGAACUUGUAGUUAACAGCGAUGUUUAUUCGUCAAUGUAUUCAUAUUCACAUAAUGACGACGACCAACACAACACAGGAAUUGUUGUAGUUCAUGCGAACAAUGGUGAUGAUAUCUACGUGCGUAUCAAAAUGGACAAGCAUGUUGGCGACAUAUGGAGCGAUGCUUAUGGAAGAUCAACAUUUGCUGGAUGGAAAAUAUAA